AUGAAGUUUAUCAUCAGUACAUCUUCAUUACAAUGUCAAAUUGCCGAUAUUCUGCCUUGCAAUAACGGCAAAAAAGCUCAAUUGAUUUUUGCAUUGAUUCGUGCGUAUGGUUUACUAGAUUAUUUUGAUCAUGUCAAUGAUGCUACGGUUGCAACAAUAAAAGAUAUGACGAAGUUCCACACAUUAGAUUACGUGAAGCAUCUAUUGACAGAAGAAUUUACUUACAAUUCCACUGAAUAUAUUGAGAAAGAAGACCAAGUACUUCGACUGGCUGAAGUUGCAAGGAAAUUUUACCAAGACUCGGAUGUUGAGGAUGACAACCAGGUCUUGUGGUUCGAUAAUGAAUAUGAGCUGUUCCGGUAUUUCAAAGAAGAAUUCAACAACGCUAAUAGUGAAAUCGACGAUGUUUCGAAGUUAGACGAUAAGGAUUUUACUAAGUACGGAUUACAACAUGAUUGUCCUAAAUUUCCGUUUCUUUCAAUGUAUCUUCAAGUAAUAGUGGGUGGAACCCUCUCUUUAUUACAACAUAUCGACCAUCAGACACCAUCAAUUGCGAUUAAUUGGGAUGGUGGAAGGCACCAUGCGCUCAAACAUUAUGCUAGUGGAUUCUGCUACGUAAAUGACAUCGUAUUGUUAAUUCAAAGUCUAAGACGUAAAGGUUGGAAGAGAGUAACAUACAUUGAUUUUGAUCUUCAUUAUGGUGAUGGUGUCGCAAAAGCAUUCAGAUUCUCUGAGAACGUACAAACUAUUUCUGUUCAUUUAUAUGAACCGGGAUUUUUCCCUGGAACCGGUUCUUUGGAAGAAACUAGAAACUCUAAACAGAUGGUCAAUUUACCGGUAUUGCACGGCAUGGAUGAUAAGUAUUUGCUCGAGCUAAUUUCAAGUGUCAUCACUCCAUUGAUUGAGACAUUUAAUGCUGAGUGUAUAGUUAUCCAAUGUGGAUCAGAUGGGUUAAGUGGUGAUAAAUACAACGAAUGGCAGCUUUCAAUCCGUGGACUGACGCACGCCAUAAUUUCGAUCAUGGAUAUGUUCAGGGACAAACAAGUAUUUCUCCUGGGUGGUGGAGGGUACAACGAAUUGCUUGUUUCAAGGUUUUACACAUAUCUAACAUCCAAAGUCUUAGAACUUUACGGAAACAAUAUUUCUUCUUCUAUUCCAGAAGACGAUAGUGAAGUUUUAUUACGAGAUCAUGAAUUCAUUGAGCUAUACAAGGAUGAGAAUUAUAGAUAUUGGUCCUACGACAAUGACGGAGAACAAAAAACGAGUCUGCAAAAUGACAAUAAGAAACUCCACAUUGAAGAGCUGAAGCAAUUUUAUCACUUAUGA